AUGCGUAUUCUCACAAUGGAGUUCAAAAAUUACGUUUAUUUAACAAUAUUACUGUGCAUAUCAACAUGUGCAUCAGGACAAAGAACACCGACCAUAUCGCAUAUAACACAGGAGCAGAUCAGAGAUAUUGGAGGUCAAGUUGACUUAGACUGUUCUGUGCACUACGCUCAGGACUUCCCUGUGAUAUGGGUAAAAUACGAUCGUUUCAAGACAGUGGAGUCCAUCCCGCUGUCUACGAACGCUGGUCUCAUCAUCAAGGACUCCCGCUUCUCCCUUAGAUACGAUGACGCUACUGCUACAUUCACACUCUCGAUUAAAGACAUCCAAGAAAACGAUGCUGGUUGGUAUCAAUGCCAAGUGCUGAUGUCAAUCAGUAACAAGAUCACCGCGGAAGUGGAACUUCAAGUGCGACGCCCACCUAUCAUCUCCGACAACUCCACCCGGUCUCUGGUCGCCAGCGAAGGAGAGAGCGUGCAGAUGGAGUGCUACGCUGGUGGAUUCCCGCCCCCGAAGAUCUCUUGGCGUCGUGAGAACAAUGCCAUCUUACCUACUGGUGGCUCCAUCUACCGAGGCAACAUCCUGAAAAUAGCAGCUGUACAUAAGGAAGACCGAGGUACUUACUACUGCGUGGCUGAGAACGGAGUCGGUAAGGGAGCGAGGAGGAAUAUCAACUUGGAGGUCGAGUUUGCACCUGUAGUCACCGUCCCUAGACCGAGAUUGGCUCAGGCUCUUCAAUACGACAUGGACCUCGAAUGCCACGUGGAAGCCUACCCCCCACCCGCUAUUACAUGGCUUAAGGAUGAAGUGCAACUGUCCAAUAACCAGCAUUACAGAAUCUCUCAUUUCGCGACAGCAGACGAGUUUACAGACACUACAAUCAGAGUGAUCACCAUUGAAAAACGCCAGUACGGUAUGUUCAAGUGCAAGGCGCAGAACAAACUAGGAACCGAUGAGGGGCAAGUCGAAUUAGUCGAGUCUAUAAUCCCGGUGUGUCCGCCGGCGUGUGGCACGGCUCGGUACGGCGGCGCGGCCAGUCUUUCGCCGUCUCUUUCUACUAUACUCUCCAUUAUCGGAGUAUAUGCUGUAUAUGCGGGAAGACGAAUCGCCAAUGCCAGAUAUUAA